AUGGAUAUAUUCUUGGAGGAGGGUCACCUUACAGACGAGAGAAUUAGAGGACUGUUUCAACUGAAGUGCAGAACACUUCGUGAUAUGUGCAAAUGCUAUGGUUUUCCUCGAUUGGCCGUUGCUUGUCGGAAAUUGCUGAGAGCAAAUAAAAGAUCUGACAACGUUUUUGACGAAUUGGCUGCUGUCAAAAACGAAUUUUUUGUGUUGGCGGAUGGUCUUGCGCCCCGCACUUCGAACGGUGCUGGUGCCGGAUGA